AUGACAGCAAACCAAAAUCUGUAUUCAGGCUUCUUCUUGAAAUGUCUUCCAGACAACGAAAAUGGGGAACAUUUGAUCCGUGUCGCAUGCUUCAAACCUGGAACUACAUUCCGAAAGGUUCUGGAGCUUACAACUAACGUCUCCUGUGAACGGAAAUUUGGAGAAAUCGUUCACUUCUGGUCGUUAGAUGGAGAAAUGACUGAUAAGUCACACAUCAAGUUCAAGGAUGACCAACCACCGCUAUUCCAGCACGAGACAGCAGCGGUGAACGAAAUUGUGCACCUGAUCCAAAAUCAUCAAGUCAACAUCCAAGAUAUCCGUCCUCUCAACGUUCUGUGGCACUCUUUUCUCGGAGAAAUCAACUGUGACCGCUUUCCACCGUCACCAGCAAGAUACAUGUUCCUCUUGAUUCAAGUCAACGUCAAAAAGGAUACAUUUGAGAUCGAACUUAUGGGUGGAAGAGAGGAGGAUUUGAAGCAAAAGAAAAGCUUAGAUAUCACACUCGAACAGCAAAUUGCAAACUACCCGGAGGUUUUGAAGAUCGAGAACGAUCACACUUGCCAGAGUGAGAACAGUGCUUGGAAAGAAAUCGGGUUUUUCGAGCUGAAGAAGUUCAGUGAUAAAGAAUUGACCGGAGGAAUUCGAGUGAUUUUCCGAUUGUGCGAUAGCAAAGGGCUGAUCUCACUGAAAAGACGGAGACAGGCAUAUCCUGCGAAAAUCAUCAAACAACGAAUUAAUGGAAAUGAGUUCGAAGAUGACCCGAAUUACUCGAUCGAAUCUGGAUCACUAUUCGAAAGAGAGAAGAAAAAUAAGAUUAUUGAAGAGGAAGUUGUGUGUAAAUUGAAGUCUGAAAGCCGAGCAAGUUUCGAAAGAAACUUCAAAGCAGGGGAUGUAUUCCGUUUCGAAAGCGAGCAAAAUCCAAGCAAUGUCGAAUUUUGGCAAAAACAGCUCCAGAAAAUGAUGCCUCUCUAUAACCUCACCAUUGAUGAUGCUCCAGAGUCACUGCAGGUGCAAGAUAUUCUCGACAACCAUCAAGUGGAAGCAGAAAAGCUUCGGAAGCUAACAGACAAGGGUUUUCCGCCGAUGAAUUUAAACCCCUCCCAGCUUCUCGCUAUAAGAAUGGCUAUGAACGAAGACAGACCACUUGUUUGCAUUCAAGGUCCGCCAGGAACUGGAAAAUCGCAUACGCUGUCCUAUUUACUCUUCCGAAUCAUGAGAUCGAAGAAGCAAGCCGUUGUUUUAACACCUACCAGAGAAGCACUGAAGAAUUUGAAACAGAUGACUGAAAAACUACUCAAAGAACGAGAACAGGAAUUCCAGGUUCAUGAACAUGCACUCAUGGAUAUCAAAACGUAUCAUAAGCUGAUCGAUGCGUCAGAUGAAGCAAAAAGUGCGAUAGAGCAAAUUCGGAGUAUUCGGGAAGAUGCACAGAUGGGAGAAAUCGCACACGAAGAUUACUCGGAAAGCAGUCGUCGUCUGGAGAAAGCAGUCUGCAGCGAAGUUGGGAGGGAGAUCCUAAAAAACGUUCGAGUCGUAUUUUCCACAAUCGAGAGUUCGUUUGUCACCGAAGUGAUGAAGGUCCAAUCGUUUCAGCCGGCCAUGUGUCUUGUUGAUGAAGCUGCUCAAGUGAUGGAAUGUCAGACAUGGCCAGCAGUAUUGAAAAUGAAGAAGCUCGUCUUGGCAGGAGACCCAAAGCAACUUCCAGCACUCGUGAAGACAAAACUCGGAAGAGAUUUGAAGCUCAAUCAAUCAGUGAUGGAACGUCUCAUGCUGAAGAAAGAAAACUAUAGUUGGGUGAUGCUUAACACCCAGUAUCGAAGCCACGAAGAAAUUACCCAUUGGUCGAACUCUUGCUUCUAUGACUGCCAUCUGAAAAGCUCUACGAAGGACGAGAAAAAACUUGUAGAUGAGUUGAAUCCAAAACCAUCUUUCACCGGAUUAUAUGAACCUAUGGUCCACAUCGAUACAAGUGGGGUAAAAACGGAUCCUGAAAGAGCGUUAACAUAUGAGCAGCGAGUGACACUAGUAACUGAUGGCGAGAAAGAGUACUCGUAUUCUAACAUUGGCGAAGCCACUUACGCCAUGCAACACUAUAAGAAUCUUCUCGACAUGGGUGUUAAGCCCGAGAAUAUCGCACUCAUUUCGCCAUACAGAGGACAGAUCGAGUUGUUGGGCAGGAUGAUUGAUGAGUAUUGCAAGACAUCCAACAAUAUGGAUUGCAAAAAUACGAAGAUCGGAACUGUGGACAGUGUGCAGGGCCAAGAAUAUGAUGUUGUUAUAUUCACUUCUGUCCGGAAUAACCCAAAAAAAAAUUUCGGAUUUGUGUCCGACGUCCGCCGUCUCAAUGUCGUCGUGACUCGAGCCAAGCGGCACUUCGUUCUGAUUGGAAGUGGAUAUAUGUUCAAACAUAACCAUAUUUCCGAAUACCAUCCGCAACUGGAAUCAACGAUUCCAUCCAGCAGUUCUAACCGGAGGGUUCCCGGUCUGGACCUCGAACCGAGGAACAACUUUGGAUUCAAUUUUGAAAAUUUCAUGAAAAACUCGGAGGAUACUGACAUGAUUGCAUGGUGUGAAGAGUGGAUUAGGAAUGGCAAAGACCCUCUCAGAGCACAGACUGAUGAUUGGAAGUUGAAAAAACUGCGGGAUGAACUGAGAUCUCAAUUAUACAGAAGCCUUAAUGAUGAAAAUUCGUAA